AUGAAGUGUACUCGCUGCCUGCUGCAGCUGCAGAGUCUAAGACUGGGGGUCCAGCCAGUUAGACCUGCUGUCCAGUAUGCUGCCCUGCUUCAGUCAGCCUCCCCCAGUCUGACCAGUGUGCCACACAACCCUCAGCUGCAGGUGAACUCUCAGACUCUGCUUCGUGAAUCAGUCGUAGGCACAGACUUAAGUCUUUUUUUUUUUUUUGGUAAAAUAAAUCCUGAUUUCAGGUUAUAGUACAGAUUAGGAGCAGGCGGAAAGAACACUUCAAUGUCACUUGAGUGUAAAACUUCAUCUAAGUAAAGUUUGGUAUGUCUUUUAGGUGUUGAGGCGUUUCCAUGGCAGCCCUGUGUGUGCAAAGACUCCACCUGUGAAGGCCAUCAAAGAAGAGGAAAAAAAGAAAGAAAGAUCUCUGGUCACACAGGACGGCCUGUUUGAGCAGAUCCCUGAAGAUGCCAAAUCCGAGGCCACCUUUAAAAAAGUGGUUGAUGUCUUUCUUAAGAGGGACAUCAGACGGCGAGGUCACGUGGAGUUUAUUUACGCUGCUCUGAAGAAGAUGCCAGAGUUCGGUGUAGAACGAGACCUUGCUAUCUACAACAAGCUGCUGGACGUUUUCCCCAAAGAGGUAUUCGUUCCUCGAAACUUCAUCCAGAGGAUGUUCAACCACUACCCCCGCCAGCAAGAGUGUGGCGUGCAGGUCCUGGAGCAGAUGGAGACCUAUGGUGGGUAUCUUUAACAGCUCCCAGGCUUGGUCCUGAAAUUCCUGGAACGCUUUGGAAUGAAGACGAUAACAUUUCUAAAUGUUUGUGUUUCAGGAAUUAUACCCAACAUGGAGACCAAAGUCCGGCUGGUCCAGGUCUUUGGAGAGAAGAGUCACCCCAUGAGGAAGUUCCAGCGUAUGAUGUACUGGUUUCCUAAGUUCAAAAACCUGAAUCCUUACCCUGUCCCCCACCAACUGCCUGAAGACCCCGUGGACCUGGCUCGCUUCAGUCUGACGCGGAUCGCUAAUGACAAGGACGCACGAAUCACCAUCUACCAGGUACGACUGAAUGAGACAUGUAACUGAGAACAGUCUUCAGUUUGCACUGAGAUUGAGGGUUUAAUUAUACGGCAUCAUUUCAUACCUGCAGUCGCCUUUUAAAACAGACACAGAGCAAAUUUAAGGAUGGGUUAUAAAACUUGUAACAACAGUCCCGGUUGUCUUCUUUUAAGUCUUUUACUUUUAAAGCUUCACGCUACCCUAAACAUGAUAAAUGUGCGUCCUUUUUUCCAUAUUCUUGUGUUUGUAGAUUUUAUUGUCUUUGUUACAGUCAUCUGUUUUUCCUCCUCCCUGCAGAUGCCGUGUACAGACAUCACAGAGAGUGGAGAGGAGGUCACACUUCCACAUAUAGUAGGUAAGAUACCACCUGUGUUUCAGGCACUGAGAGUGAUUGUUUCCCACAGAAGUAAACCAGCAUAUUGAGGUUUGAUCUAACGGUCUGGGUUUCCUGUCCCUCUCCUGUUGACUCCGCAGGGAUCCAGGGCCCGGAUCAGAUGGAGCUUCUGGCCAAACACAACCCGAGCCGGCCGGUGUUUGUGGAGGGUCCGUUCCCUCUGUGGCUGAGGAAGAAAUGUGUUCAUUACUACAUCCUGAGAGCGGACCCCAUACCUGCCGAGGAGAAGGUGAGACAAAUCUUUUAAAGGCUUAUUUAUCCGUGUACGGAUAUUCUUCAUGAUUUCACGAGUGAGUUAGGCUGAAAAAUGACCAUGACCUCAUCCAGGUGUGCCUCUGUGUCCUCCUGCAGGUAGAGGAGCCCUAUGAUCCAGAGAGGUGUUUUGACUAUCCUCUGCAACUGGACCUGGACCUGGACCGAGACUUCGGGGACGAGGAGGACUUUGACGUUGAAGACUGUAAGAUCUCUGUCAGAUUCAGGUCAUGUUCAGGUGUUUUAAGUUCAGGUGUGUGAUGAAGCUGUCGUGUUUGUGUGUCUUGUCUCCAGUGGACGAGGGUCCGGUCUUCGCCAUGUGUAUGACUGGUCAGGGGGACCAGUCCACCCUGAACCAGUGGAUCUCUGGACUCCAGCAAACCAACCCCAUUCUGGGUCAGGUCCCCACUUUCUUCCGUCUGGAACCUGGGCUCAAAGAGCUGCAGGGGGCCAGGGACUCUGACUCCAAAAACCACCAGAGACAAGAUCAUGAUACCCAGAGGGAGGAAGGAGAGGAUGAGAAGGAGAGGGAGGUCACAGCGGAGGAAGAACCGAGGAGCAGGAGACAGGGGAUGAAGCAGUGA